AUGGACGAUUCGAUUUUAUCUUCUUCUUCUUCUCCAUACGACCUUCUCUUUCAAGCUCUCUUGCUCAUCCCUAUUCGUCACUACCUCUUCGCUCUCUUCCUUAUCUGGUCCGUCUUCUUCUACAAUUUCCUCGAGUUCCAUUUCCUUGGCGAUACGAUUCUUCACUAUUUCAAAUGCCGCGUAAAUCUCAUCUACAAUCCCGAUUCACCUCUUUACCACGGCGUUGUCUCUCGUUGCCGGAUCCUUCACGGACGAUAUGUGGCGACGCCGUGGUUAGCGAGUCCUCAUCUUCAAACUUGUUUCCUGAAUUUCAACGGACUGCCUCCUGUUUUCAGCUACAGCAGACAGCUCUUUCGUGCUUCUGAUGGUGGAACGAUUGCAUUGGAUUGGCUGACGAAUUCUGAUGUUCUUGAUGGUUCUCAGAAUGAAAUCUUAAAAGAAGACAAAACACCUAUUGCUGUAGUUAUUCCAGGGUUAACUAGCGAUUCUUCAUCUGCAUAUCUAAAGCAUCUUGCUUACAACACUGCAAAAACAGGUUGGAAUGUGGUUAUUAGCAACCAUAGAGGAUUGGGUGGUGUUUCUGUUACUUCCGAUCGCUUCUAUAACGCUGGAUGGACAGAGGAUAUACGUGUAGUUCUUGGACAUCUUCAACAAGAAUACCCAAUGGCUCCUCUCUUUGCCAUUGGAACUAGCAUUGGAGCAAAUGUUCUGGUCAAGUACCUUGGGGAAGAGGGUGAAAAGACUCCUCUGAGGGGUGCUGUAGCUAUUUGCUCUCCGUGGGACCUCUUGAUUGGUGACAGGUUCAUCUGUCGAACGUUGAAACAAAAGUUAUACGACAAAGCUCUCACCAUAGGACUCCAAGGUUAUGCCCAAUUACAUGAGCCUCAGUAUACACGUCUUGCUAAUUGGGAAGGCAUAAAAAAGUCACGUUCCAUCCGAGAUUUUGACAACCAUGCUACCUGUAUUGUCGGAAAAUUUGAGACCGUGGAUACGUAUUACCGAAAAUCUAGCAGUACACAAUACGUAGGAAACGUGGCGGUGCCGUUACUCUGUAUAAGCGCUUUAGAUGAUCCAUUAUGCACAAAAGAAGCUAUUCCCUGGGACGAAUGCCGGGCAAACAAAAACAUUGUCUUGGCUACAACAAAUCACGGAGGACAUCUAGCGUUCUUCGAAGGAUUAACCGCAUCUAGCUUGUGGUGGGUUCGAGCCACCAACGAGUUUCUUUGCACCCUUAGCUGCAGUAGUCAUAUGCAUGUACAGAAAAUUCAAGAGAGAAGAAGCUCAGGAUCAGGAAAGGAAGAGGAGCCUUCGAUAAACCAAGGACCGUACCUGAACAUUACGGAAGACGGGUUAGUGGCAGCAGUAAACUACGAGGAAACCACCACAAUGUCAGAAGAAGCAACACAAGUAUCGAACCAGACCGGACCAAAGCGUAAGGAUGAUGUAAUAAAGAGAAAACGGUCGAUAUGGUUGCUUGGUUACAUAGGCGUGGUAACAGGUUUCCCUUUAGUCGGGAUGCUCAUAAACUAUCUCUUCCGUAAGAAGCAACGACCCACAAAAUCUAAAUCCUGA